CGGGGUGAGCCAGGAGGACCCGGGCUGCCUCCUGUGCCUCAGGAGUGGAAGUCGGAACGGAAGAGUUGUUCUAAACGCGCUCCUGAUUGGCCAGGGCCUCUGACGCCCUCCUCGCUCUGUCACCUGACGGGGGCGGGGGAGCCGGAGGGUUCUCUCUGGGCUCCUAGCAACGGCGAUGGAUCGCGAAGUGACGAGCCAGGAGGCCAAGGGGCGCGAGUACCUGGAGCAGCACAAAAUCCCAGACCUUUUGCAUAACCUGAGUGCGUUGCUGCUCUACCACCGCCCAGAAAGACCAAGGGAGUUUUUGAUAAAAAUACUGGAAAAAAUACAACUUGCAAAACUUACUGGUGUGGAGUAUCCCUAUCUUCUGGAUGAGACAAAUGUGAAUUCUAUGUUUACAAUGCUAGAUGCUGCAGGCCAGGGCUACAUUACCUUAGCACAGUAUAAAGGAGCACUUGAAUCUUUGGGACUGAGUACUCAAGAUGUACCCUAUAAAGAGACUGACCUGAUUACAUUAACGAUCUUCAAGGACAAUGUGAUGAAAAAGUUUGCAGAAAUGUGGGCAGCAUUUUAAUCCUGAGAGUUCUGCUUCAAUAAACUGUUUAGCUCAAUAUUUUACCUUUUUAAAAAACCUAAAAGGUUCUAUUGAUAUAUUCCGCUUAUAUAAGAAUGUAAGAGAAACCUUGCUGGACAAGGCCUAUGUAGUCCAGCAUCCUAUUUUUCAGAGUGGCCAUGAGGCCUUUGGGAAGCCCACAAACUGGAGAUGAAGGCACUCCACCCCCAGCCUUCUGCUAUUGCUGCCCGGCAACUGGUAGUCAAAAGCAUACCAUCGCAGAAAAUUGAACUGUUAUUUAGCCAUCAGAACUAGUAGCCGUUGAUGGACUUGUCCUCCAUGAAUGUGCCUUUUAAAGCUAUUUAACCUUGUGACAGCAAAUUCCAUACUGUGUGAAAUAGGACGUUCUUCUGUUCAUUGGAGAGGAGAGCUGGUCUUGUGGUAGCAAGCAUGACUUGUCCCCAUAACUAAGCAGGGUCUGCCCUGCUUGCAUCUGAAUGGGAGACUUGAUGUGUGAGCACUGCAAGAUAUUCCCCUCAGGGGAAGAAGCCACUCUGGGAAGAGCAGAAGGUUUCAAGUUCCCUCCCUGGCUUCUCCAAGAUAGGGCUGAGAGAGAUUCCUGCCUGCAACCUUGGAGAAGCUGCUGCCAGUCUGUGAAGACAAUACUGAGCUAGAUAGACCAAUGGUCUGACUCAGUAUAUGGCAAUUUCCUAUGUUCCUAUCAUACACCUCCCAAUUAGUUUCAAUGGCUGACCCUUGGUUCUAGUGUUGCUAGAGAGGGAGAAAAACGCCAUCUACUUUCUCCAUGCCAUGCCAUACAUAGUUUUAUAAGCCUUAGUCAUGCCCCUCAUCUUUUUUUCUGAGCUAAAAAAGCUCCAAACAUUGUAGCCUUUGCUCAUACGGGAAGCGCUUCAGCCCCCUUAGCAUCUUGAUUGCCCCUUCUGCACCUUUCCCAACUCUACAUUUUGCAUCUCCAUUUUGAGAUGCAGAGACCAGAACUGUUUACAGUAUUCAAAAUGUGGGCACAUCCUACUUCGUUUAUGGGCAUUAUAAUACUAGCAGUUAUCUUUCCAAUCUUUCUAAAUUAUCCCCCAAUGUAGUAUUUGCCUUUAUCACAGCUGCCUCACAGUGAGUCAAUAUUUUCAUUGAGUUAGUCACCACAAUCUCAAGAUCGUUUUCCUGGUUAAUCACUGACAGUUCAAGACCCCAUCAGUGUACAUAUGUAAAGGUGGGAGUUUGGCGGGGGGGCUUUGCCCCACUGUGCAUCAUUUUUCACUUGUUUACAAAAAGCUGCAUCUACCACUUCUUGCUGCCUGCCCAUCCAGUUUAAAGAGAUUGUUCUGGAGCUCUUUGCAGUCAUUUUGGUUUUCACCAUGCUGAAUAUUCGAUGUCAUUUGCACCUAUUGCAGAUUUGCAUCAUUUGAUUUCACUAUGCCACCAUGUUGCUUGCCCCUAACUCUAGAGAAUUUAUUAAGCAUCAGUCCCAAUACAGAUCCUUGGGGAAUUCCACUUCUUGCUUUCCUCCGUUGUAAAAACUGUUGAUUCAUUAUUCUAUUCCAUUUAUAUAAUAACCUUGCUUCUAGUCUACUACUGACACCACCACAGCAGCAAUUGAAGAAUUUAGUAUUUCCUUCACAAAAGGCUGAAAUAUCUUGAAGUAAUUUUCCUUUUGCUAAAUAAAAUUCAAGUUGCUUUGAUUUCAA